AUGAGUGCCCUCCUGGAAACCUCCUUGGGCGAUAUCGUCAUUGACCUGCUGGUCGACGAGUCGCCCAAGGCCUGUGAAAACUUCCUCAAACUUUGCAAACUCAAAUACUACAAUUUCUCCCCGAUCCAUACCGUUCAAAAAGGCUUCACCCUCCAAACCGGCGAUCCACUUGGUCCUGGAGCCCCGGAAAGCGAUGGCGGCUCUUCCAUUUGGGGUGUGCUGGACGGCCCGUCGAAGAGAACCUUUCCAAUCGACCUGCCGCCGAAGCUCAAGCACACCGAACGCGGUACGGUGAGCAUGGCAACGGCUGCAGCCAAGAACGACCCCGACCAGAGACUGGCGGCAAGCCAAUUCCUCAUUACUCUGGGCGACAAUCAGGAUCAUCUUGAUGGGAAAGCGGCUAUAUUUGGAAAAGUUGUUGAGGGCUUCGAUGUAUUGGAGAAGAUUAACGAGUCAUUCGUGGAUGAACGUCAACGCCCUUUGAAGGAUAUUCGAAUUCGCCAUACAGUCGUGCUCGAUGACCCUUACGAGGAUCCCGCUGGGUUGGUUGAGCCACCAGAGAGCCCGGUGCCAUCCAAGGCCCAAUUGGCUACCGUGCGCAUCGCGGAUGAUGAAGAACUCGACGAUAAUAUGGACGAGGAGGCUAUGGAGAAUUUGCGCCGGGAGCGUGAAGCUCGCGCGCAGGCAUUGACUUUGGAAAUGGUGGGUGAUCUGCCAUUUGCCGAUGUCAAGCCGCCGGAGAAUAUUCUCUUCGUCUGUAAACUGAAUCCUGUCACACAAGGUAUGUCAUAUUGUAUCCUUAUAGCGGGAAUGACGCGGCUAAUUGAAACUCUAGAUGAGGAUCUUAACCUGAUCUUUAGUCGCUUUGGUACAAUCCUCUCAUGCGAAGUGAUUCGUGAUAAGCGUACCGGCGACAGUUUGCAAUAUGCAUUUAUCGAAUUCGAUAAUCAAAAGGACUGUGAGCAGGCCUAUUUCAAGAUGCAGGGUGUGCUUAUCGAUGACCACCGCAUCCACGUCGAUUUCUCCCAAAGUGUCUCCAAACUCUCAGAGAGCUGGCGCAACGCUACUGUCACCAAGCGCCGCCAUCGAGGUGGCUUCGGUGGUGUUGAUGAUCUUGAACAGAAACGCCAGUAUCGUGAAACAGACGAUGCCCCUUCAUAUGAGGAUGAUGAGUCGUACAACAUGCUUUUCGACAAGUCCCGCAAGAACAAGGCCCAGCCAUCCAACCAGUCAUCCAACCAGCCAUCCAACCAGCCAUCCAAACCUGUUCAACCUCCUCGUCGCAACGAUCGUGACCGCAGCCCCCGACGAGAACGGGACCGCAGUCGCGAUCGAUACCGUCGGCGAUCAAACAGUCGCAGUCCACGCCGAGACUCGCGACGUGAUCGGGAUCGCCGAGAUGAUCACCGAGAUAACCGACACCGAGAUGAUCGGUACGACCGGCGACGAUGA